GCCACCCAGGGCCACCCUCCCGGGGCUGGCACCGCUCCCCGUCAUGAAUAUUCAGCCGUGCCUGGCCCGGCCCCACUGUUUGCUCCGGCAGGAGGGGUUUGGGAGCGGGUUCACCUUGACGGGAACACCGGGACAGCCGCAGGUGAGCGGCACCUGCCCGUGCUGCCCCCCGGGACACCGGGACACACCCGGGACACCCCGGGACAACCCAGGGACAACCCGGGACCCCCGGAGGCGGCAGGAGCAGGAUGGCCGACGGGCACGGCUGGUGGAAGCUGACGUUCCUGCGGAAGCGCCAGGCGGCGGCCCCGGUGCUGUACGAGAGCCCCGAGGGCCCCGCGGCGCCCGGCGCGGACGGCGCGGACGGGAGCGGCCCCGAGGGCAGCCCCGGCUUCGCCGCCCGCCUCGAGAAGAUCGUGGACAAGAGCACCAAGGGCAAGCACGUCAAGGUCUCGCACUCCGGCCGCUUCAAGGAGAAGAAGAAAGUGCGGGCGACGCUGGCCGAGCAUCCCAACCUGUGCGGGGCCGGCGAGCGGCAGGAGCAGUGACCCGGCCGGGCUGCGGGCCCCGGGCACCGGGCAGGACUCGGGAUGGGAUUUGCGGAAUCGUCCGCGGGAUGAUCCCGGAGCUGC